AUGGAAUCUAGUGCACCAACCAGUCCACCGGUUGGUGACAUCAAUACUGGUAUGGCGUCUCCUCAGUUGCCACCAGCUAAACGAAAAACCAUUCGAGCUCAGGAUGAGGAGCGUCAUCAGCAAAAGGAUGUCAUUGCCGACACGACUCUUACGAUUAUCGAAAUCAAUGUUGAUAAGACUAUGGCCCGGACGAAUAUUUCUGUAAGCCUACAACGUUGUUGGCUUGAAGCCCAGGACCGUCAUCCUCGAGCAGUAGCAAGCAGUCUAGAAGAUGAACACUCAUCAUCCAUGGUUCUUCGAGGUAAUGCUGAUCCUUUAGAUGUUGAACAAUUUUAG